AUGAGGAAGAAGAAUCCUUCACCUUCUUCUACUUAUCAUUCCCGUGUUGAUAAUGAGAAAACAAAUAGUUCAAGUAUGAUGCACAAAUGUAAUUUGUGUGACAAAACGUUCAACUCCGAAAAAACACUCGAUGGUCACAAAACAUCGCACCGCUCUAAGCUCGUUCAACCUCCAAUCAAGAAACGCUGGUGGAAUGAUACUUAUGACGAUCAACAAAUACUAUCAGCUGCUGACUUAACCAAAUAUUCCCCGCCAAGAUCCCGUGAAACGAAGAAACGAUGCGGUAAAAGUAUAAUUGAUUAUGAAGCUAUUAAUGUCGCUCAAAUACUAUGUGAAAUAUCUCGCGCUGACCAUGAAAUAUUGAAACUUUCAACCGAUAUCGAUAAUCAAAUUAACAACAAACUAGUGACGACAGUGAAAGAUAAUAACAAGUCAUUAGUGGUCAGAUUCAAGUUUCCUAAAGACAAGAAGAUCUUUCAAACACAUCAUGAAGAUUGCAACUGA